UGGGGUGGUGGGAGGUCGUCUCCGGUCAUGUCUCCAUCUCGCGAUCCAUACACGAUAUAUUCGUAUUUUUUCAGGAAUUUUGUUUCAUGUACAUCUUUUUGUUUACAACCUCAACUUUUGAAAGUUAUCGCUUCCUCGGCUGAGUCCAAGCCUGGCGUCAAUUAUCAGAUUAUAAGACAUUUAUUAGCAUUACAUGUAUUGUCAAAGAUCAGUUCAUAUAUUUCAGCAGAGAAAGAAAAAUUUCAAUAUUAUUUUUUUGAGCCUUUUAUUUGCUCUAGGAUCGUAUGUCCGUGUGUUACCUGUUAAGUUUACGGCCGCGAUUGACCUGGUACUGCACGAAGCAUACAAUGUAAACAAUGUAAACAAUAUAACACUGAAGAAUAUUACAUAAUUUGCAUGUCAUCAAACACGACGGUAUGAGAGCUAAAAGGUUACUGAAGUCAGCUAACUCGGCCAGCGCUUAUGUCUUUACAAGGUUCUUUUCGAGAAGAAAGGUGGGUGAGUUGGACAAGAAAUACGUUCUUAUCACGGGCUGCGACUCGGGUUUCGGUCAAGAAACCGCCAUUACAUUGGACAAGAUGGGGAUUGGUGUGUUGGCGACUUGUUUAACGAAAGAAGGAGAGCAGAGUUUGAAAGCUGCGACAAGCGACAGAUUGAAAACUUUCCAGUUAGAUGUUACUAAUUCAGAGCAGAUUAAAACCCUCUACGAGCUAGUAAAGGAACAACUGCCCUCGGAUCAAGGUCUGUGGGGACUAGUAAACAAUGCCGGAAUUACUCUAAUUGGACCAAUAGAGUGGAUCCCGCUGGAAAAGUCCAAACGCAUUGCUGACGUUAAUCUGUGGGGGAUGAUUGACGUCACAAAAACCUUCCUGCCGCUCGUCAAGAAGGCCCGGGGACGAGUAGUAAACUUAUCGAGUAUGUUAGGUCGUGUUUCACUGCCUAACCUCUCUUGCUACUGCGUCACCAAAUAUGGAGUACAAGCAUUUUCCGAUGCUUUGAGACGGGAAAUGGCCCCGUGGCGAGUACAAGUCAGUAUUAUCGAACCGGGUUUGUUCAAAACUACCAUAGCAAAUGAAGAUCGGAAUAUCCAAGUAGUGCAGGAAUUGUGGGAUGGCCUCAGUCCAGAGUUAAAAGAGGAGUAUGGAGAGAGAAAACUAAAUCGAAUUAAAAAGGGAAUCAGUAAAUCUUCCAGGACAGCUUCUUCAGACACUUCCAAAGUUGUGGACGCGGUAAUCGAUGCCCUGAUUUCCCAGCGACCUCAAACUCGCUAUCCCGUUGGCCUGGAUGCAGAAGUGUCCAUCUUCAUUUCAUUUUUGCCCACUUUCAUCGCUGAUUACCUUUUCCGGAAAAGUAUGAACGUUAAAAGAUAGCGUGUAUUAAAUGGAGUCAUGAGCCUAUUUCUUUAA